UGUGACAUCGAAGUGUGUGGUAGUGAAGACCCGGCGUAAACGUUUGAAGAAUUUUCACUACUGGAGAGCAGAAUCUAAAUGAUUUACAAUGAAUAGAGACAAUUUUUUCUCUCUUUUAUAAUAUUACAAAGAAAAUUUACUUAAAAAUGCUGUGAAAGCCACUAAAAGUUAUAGAUAAAUUUUAAUAAAUGUCAAAAUAUUGCUCAUUCGCCUGUGUGUCCCAUGAGAGAUGCUCUAAGAAGUCCACUUACUCUAGUAUGUAAAUAAAAAAUCACGCAUUCUUUACAAAAACAACAAUACUACUAAAAAGUUGCUGCUUUUAAAAUUCAGAAAAAAAUUUUAUUUAUUUAUAAUCAACGAACCACGAGUAAGCUGCCCAGCGAAAACCAAUAAAAUACGUGAAUUACGAGUAUGUGAGUGUGUGUACGCGCCUAUGACAACAAAUGAUACGUAAAGUGAUUCGAUUGAAAUUAUAAAGUGAAAAUUACUACCACAUGCGUCAUAUAAGCAUUUAUGUGCAUACAUAUUUGAAUACAUGCCUUUGCAUGUAUGUGUAAGUGUAUGGCGUAGGAUUACAAAGCACUUAAAUUUUAAGUAAAAAUUGUGCAGUAUAAUAAAAAGUGAAAAAUAUGGCUGGUUACGAUGCGGCCGAUGAGGCCAAUACAGAGCUGCUCGAGAAACUCAAGCAUUUGGAUGUGCGCGUCAAGACGGAGGAGCGCACUAAUUGCUGGAAAGGUUGUUGGAAAUCGAGUAAAUGGAAAUCGGCGCUAAAUCACAUCGGUUUGCUGGUAUCGCUGUCAAUCUAUUGCGGUGUGGGUGGACUGGUCUUCCGUCAACUAGAGCGUCCUGCGGAAUUGGAACGUUUACAGUAUUUAAAGGGUGUUGUAAAGACACAUCGCGAAAAAUUCAUUACGACCAUAUUAAAUAAUACAGACGUGUUAAAUUUUAACGAGCUAGUAGCAAAGGAACUAGCAAAAUAUGAGGUGGCCGUGCAGGAAGCCGCCGAGGGUGGUCUACUCAUUGAGGCCGAUAAAGACUUUCCAGAGCCCUAUGAGCGCUGGAGCAUUUUACAAGCUGUGUUCUUCUCAUCGACUGUGUUAACGACAAUAGGUUAUGGCAACAUAGUGCCCGUAACGACGGGCGGACGUGCUUUCUGCAUCUGCUUCGCCCUGAUCGGCAUUCCAUUUACGCUCACCGUCAUCGCAGAUUGGGGUCGGCUCUUCGCGACGGCCGUCUCAGUGUUGGGCAAAUAUAUGCCAAAAUUUCCGAACUUUACGAAUUUCAUUGGCAAAACAUGGUUUUACGCCGUUUUGGCCGUUUGCUUCCUGGGCGUCUACUUGGCUGCGGGCGCUUGGUUGCUGCUGCUGUGGGAAGAUGACUGGACAUUCUUUGACGGAUUCUAUUUUUGCUUCAUCACAAUGACAACCAUCGGUUUUGGCGAUCUGGUGCCGAAAAAACCGAAUUACAUGCUGCUCUGCACUUUAUACAUUCUCAUCGGUCUGGCGCUAACUUCCACCAUUAUCGAGCUGGUGCGUCGGCAAUAUGCCACCAGUUGGGCGAAGCUGCAAGAACUUUCCGGUCCGAUGGCGGAGACUUUGCGGCGUCUAGGCGAAACUGCUGGCUAUGGUUUGGACUACAUGGCCUUGCAGAAAGUAUUAACGGUUUCAAUGCCCAAAUGGAAUACUGGCACGAAGAAGGACAAUGCCGACAUCGCCGCGCUGGAAGCCAUCACCAAUGCGCUGCUCAAAGAAGUCAAAGAGGCACAAGAGAACAAACCAAAAGUCUUAAAAAUCGUCAUUUAUGAAACAUCGGUCUAAGCUAAGCAACGGUACUUAUUAAAAUUACAAAAUAAUUAAGUUUAAGUUAUAAAAAAUAUAAUAGCAAAUACAUGGAAUAUAGAAAAUUAGUAUAUUUAUUAUAUAAUUUCACUUUAGUUCAAGUUAAUAUUACGAAGCGCACAAAUUUUACAAGCCGCAGUGAAAGAAAAACUCGCCAAUAAACGUUUAAGUAGCACGAAUACACAAAACAAUAAUUUCCAAGCAUACUUUUAGGCCGUCGGCAGCAAAGUAGUUAGCUGCGUUUUAGCUGUAUGUAUAAUGCCUUUGUUGGUGCGAGCAACAAACAUGUUGGACGCGUGUUCGAUUUGUUUAUAGACAACAACAACAAAAGCUUGGAAAUCGUUUGUAAGCAUAUCUAAGUCUAACUUAGUAGAGUAAGGCUUCCAUAAAUGUAAAUGUAAGUAGUUUUAACUAAGUGUGGUUGUAGUUGUAAUUGUAUUGAAUAGUUAUUGUAACGAUAUUUUCGGUUUUUAGUAUAGACUUGAUUUUAUAUGUUAUUACUUAAUUGUAAUUUUUUAUAAUUUAAAACAUAAAAAGUGCGACUUGGCGCGUUAAAAAAAUCACUCAUACGCCAUGGUGAGCAGCAGGCGCGCUCACAAGGACGUCACGGCAGUUAAGCAACAGUAAUUAAGUAGCAAUCGUAAUAUUUAUUUAGCUUAAGUAGAAGCAUAUUGUAUUGGUUUACUUAUAAUGUUUGUUACUUUUAAUAAAAAAGACUUAAA